AUGCCUCGCCAGCCCCUUCCUUUCCAUCUCGUGAACGCGUUCGCGGCCACUCCCCACGCCGGCAACCAGGCCGCCGUGGUCAUUAUCCCCGCCGACGACCCGCGCGCAACUGACGAGAAGUGGAUGCUCGAGGUUGCGGCCGACUUUAACCUCUCCGAGACCGCCUUCCUGGUCCCUAUCGAUGCCGAGGCCGAGAUCCCCAAGUAUGGUCUGAGGUGGUUUACGCCCGCCGUGGAAGUGCCUCUGUGCGGACACGCGACCUUUGCGUCGGCGUUCACGCUGUUCAACUACGUCCACCCCAAGGCCAAGGCUCUCCACUUUGAGACGCGCUGGCGCGGUGCCCUCGGCGCGACGCUGGAGAGCGAGCGCGGACAGGGUGCCCGCGUGGGCCUGACGCUCCCCAUCUCCGACGCCGAGGUCACCCCCGAGUCGACGGCGCUGGCCGCCCGCAUCGCAGGUGCGCUGAGUCUGGCGGAAUCGAGCAUUGUCAAGAUUGCGUCGUUUGCGUUCGGCGGACCCUCGGCUGUCGUGCAGAUCAAGGACGACGUGGACCUCGCCGCCCUCAAGCCCGCGGAGAUUGCCAAGCUCAUGCCCGACGUGUCCGUUGCGGCCGUCACGCAGCUUAUUGAGAGCAAGUCGACACCCGAGACGCUGGCCAUCACGGCCCGCGUGUUCGGCCCGGGCGUGGGCAUCGACGAAGACCCGGUGACUGGCUCGGCUUGGGCCGUACUCACGGGCUACUAUCUGAACGGCGCGGGGGUGGAGACGACGCGCAAGGUCAUUGGCCCCGCCGCCGAUUCCACCAAGGUCACCAUCGACGCCCGCCAGCUCAGUGCCCGAGGCGGCGCCAUGACGAUCGAUCUCCAGCAAGACAAGGCACAGCUCGUCGGCAGUGGAUUCCGUUAUGGCUACGGAACGCUCGAGGCGUUUGACUGA